GUGGAGUCCAUAGUAGGAAACGUGUUCGUGAUAGCGGCCAUUCUGCUGGAACGGAACCUCCAGAGCGUGGCCAAUCAUCUGAUACUGUCACUGGCCGUGGCCGAUCUCCUGGUGGCCUGUCUGGUGAUGCCCCUCGGCGCAGUCUACGAGGUGUCCAAGGAGUGGCGCCUGGGGGCGGACCUCUGCGAUAUGUGGACCUCGAGCGAUGUCCUUUGCUGUACCGCCUCCAUCCUUCAUCUGGUGGCCAUCGCCUUGGAUCGAUACUGGGCGGUGACAGACAUCGAUUACGCUCACCAGAGGACGGCCCGCCGAAUCGGUUACAUGAUCAUCGUCAUCUGGACCCUGUCGGUGCUCGUUUCGGUGGCUCCCCUCUUUGGUUGGAAGGAUCCGGAGUGGGAAAAUCGCGUCUACCAGGAUCUGCAGUGCAUCGUCUCGCAGGACGUGAGCUAUCAGAUCUUCGCCACGGCCUCUAGCUUCUACGUUCCACUGCUGGUCAUACUUUUCCUGUAUUGGCGAAUAUUCUUGGCCGCCCGGAAAAGAAUCCGUCGAAGGCAGCAGGGUAAAACAAUUGUGCAAUUGAUACCAAAACCUUUAGUAUCGGCUGCGCAGGCGCAAGCGAACAACACCAUCGGGGGACCGACGGCGGAUGUGGUCGGUGGAUCCGGCGGAAUAGCGGCGGCCGUGGUGGCUGUGAUAGGGCGACCUCUGCCGACGAUCAGCGAAACAACGACGGCCUUCACGAAUGUGUCGUCGGCGAAUACCAGCCCGGAGAAGGGCAGCCUAGGGAACGGGGUCGAACGGGAUCGAAUCGAGCCGGACCCGGUGACGGCGGAUAUCUCGAUGGCGUAUCCGUCUGGCGGCGGCGGUGGUCCAUCCGGGUCCAGCUCGAAGCCAUCGAUCAUGAAGAAGAAGUCCCAAUCGGCGACGGACUCCAAGAGGGAAAGGAAGGCGGCCAAAACGUUGGCCAUCAUAACGGGGGCCUUCGUGUGCUGCUGGCUGCCCUUCUUCAUCAUCGCCAUCCUGCUUCCGACUUGUACCGGGUGUGAUAUUAGCCCGAUCGUGACCAGCGUGUGUCUCUGGUUGGGCUACUUCAACUCGACGCUGAACCCGAUCAUCUACACGAUCUUCAGCCCGGAGUUUCGACACGCAUUCAAGCGGAUCCUGUGCGGCCGGCGGCACAGUUUGCGCCGAACCAGGAACAUGGGCAUCCGCCACAUGAGGUAAGGAAGCAUGAGCGGGGACGGGAC